AUUGCGUAGCUUCUCCAUUGGCAGCGGACCCAACUCGCCGCAGCGUGUCGUCUCCAAUCUGCGCGGAUUCCUCACCCAUCGCCUGAGUAACAUCACACCAAGCGACACAGGUUGUUCACUGGCAUGCCAACAACUCGUACACCACCAACUACAACAAGCACACCAAAACAUGUAAAACCACACAGCAAAGGCAGCAGGAAAGACCACAGUUAACCAAAAGCAACGAUAAACCACCUCAAAGCGAAAGAAGAAAGUGGAGAAAGUCGGAGAGUCGAAGAGUCGGGCAAUUAGCGCAGCGGAAACGGAAGUGGCCACAUUUGCAGCGAGCGCUAAGCAAUUUCCGGCUAUAAACAUGACAGGCCUCCAAAUCGGAGCAUAAAAGCUUUAAGACCACAAAAGGUAAAAGAGUACAAAACAAAAAGAAAGAGGAUAAACCGAAGAAUCCCGGAUAGAACUUCUUGAACCUCAGCGAUAAAUUAGUUGCAAACCAAAAUGGCCUCAUUCCAAAUACCUGUUAUCAACCUCGAGUUGCGCGAGGUGAAGGACAUCGUGUGGGAGAAGAUCCAGGAGCCGGUGAACCAGCGUCGCAUCAUCCUGGUGAUCGUGUCGAUAGCCCUGCUGCUGGACAACAUGCUCUACAUGGUGAUUGUGCCCAUCAUACCCGACUAUCUCCGAGAGAUCGGCAGCUUCGAUGACGGACCCACGCAGCCGCCUUUGCGGGAUAAUGUCACCGGGAAGAUAAUACCCGUGCAUCAUGAUCACCACGGCCAGGACUCGGCCACGGGCAUCCUGUUCGCCUCGAAGGCCAUUGUCCAGCUGAUGGUGAAUCCCUUUUCAGGCGGCCUGAUCGACAAGAUCGGCUACGAUCUGCCCAUGAUGAUCGGGCUGACCAUUAUGUUCUUCUCCACGGCAGUUUUCGCUUGUGGCAGCAGCUAUAGCGUCCUGUUCUUUGCCCGAUCUCUCCAGGGAGCAGGUUCCGCCUUUGCGGACACCGCCGGACUGGCCAUGAUUGCGGAUCGGUUUACGGAGGAGAACGAGAGAUCGCAAGCCCUGGGAAUUGCGCUGGCCUUCAUCAGUUUUGGUUGCUUGGUGGCCCCGCCGUUUGGAGGAGCUCUCUAUCAGUUUGCCGGCAAGGAGGUUCCCUUUUUGAUCCUGGCUCUGGUCUGCCUGGUGGACGGAUUGAUGCUUCUGCUCGUGAUGAAGCCGGUGAAGGAGGCGAUCAAGCAGAGCAAGGAGGUUCAAGAUCAGGUCAUCCCCAUCUGGCGCCUCCUCAUGGAUCCCUACAUCGCCGUUUGUGCCGGAGCCUUGACCAUGUCCAAUGUGGCGCUGGCCUUCCUGGAGCCCACCAUCUCGCUGUGGAUGGAGGACAACAUGACCACGGACAAUUGGAAGAUCGGAAUGGUCUGGCUGCCCGCCUUCUUUCCGCAUGUACUGGGCGUGGUCAUAACGGUGAAGAUGGCAAGGAAGUAUCCGCAGCACCAGUGGCUAAUGGCCGCCGGAGGAUUGGCGCUGGAGGGCUUCUCCUGCUUCCUCAUUCCCUUCUGCAGUGGCUACAAGAUGCUCAUGCUGCCCAUUUGUGUGAUCUGCUUCGGAAUUGCGCUGAUCGACACCGCUCUACUGCCAACCUUGGGUUAUCUGGUGGAUGUGCGUUAUGUAUCUGUCUAUGGAAGUAUCUACGCCAUUGCGGAUAUAUCCUAUUCGAUCGCCUAUGCCGUGGGUCCCAUUAUAGCCGGCGGAGUGGUGGAGGCCAUUGGCUUCACAGCACUCAACUUCUUGAUUGCCUUCUCGAAUUUGGCAUACGUGCCCGUGCUGCGAAAGCUGCGCAACAUCUACGACUUCAAGCCCUUCGAGAAUGAGGCUAAUAUCCUGAUGCAGGACCCGCCGAACAAGGAGUACCAGACCUACGUGAUGCACGACCAGAAACCCGUGGAGGGUGGGGUGAAGAACCACCUGGAGUACGGGCAGCAGUAUCAGCAGGAGCAGGAGACCAAUCUGGAUGACCAGCAGUACGACUACCAGCAGCAGCAGGGAUACCAGCAAGGAUACCAGCAGGAUCAGGGCUACCAGCCGGGCUACCAGGAACAGGGCGGGAGCUACGCUCCCCAAGGACAACCCCGCGUGGCGAAUCCCUUCCAGCAGCAGCAGCAGCAACAACAACAGCAGCCACAGAGCAGAGGUCCUGCUGGACCGGCGAAUCCCUUUAGGCAAGGAUUUUAAACUGUUGCCCAUGUUCGGAGUGCAGAACAAAACAGAAGCCUCUAGUCUUAAAACGUGUUCUUUUGCACACACAUCCGUGUGCAGCAAUCGUUCUCUGUUGAAGCCACUAAGAAACUCGACACAAAACACAUAUACAUAUAUUUAGCAUAGUCAUUUAGGCAAGUGGUACGUACACUAUAACGAGCAUAACAUGCAGAUAGUUAAUACAGCAGCUAGUUAAUGCCUUGCACCGCACCAAUUUUGUAUCAUACACGAAUGUUAAAAGCCACCAACUAAAAGCAGCGAUGGGGAUGUCCUUUUUGGGUUUUCUUGGGUGCGAAAGAGGAUAUAUACAAAACUUUAGUCGGAGAAAUUGAUUGAAAAAGUUUCCAUUCACACAAGAAAUAAGAAUUAAAAAAUAUUUUUAUCAUGUUUGGAAGAAAUAAUGAAAAUUAAAGAGAGAAAAAUUCGUUAAAUUGAACUUUGGCAAUAGUAUAACAAUAACACGUCCAAUAUUUAUUUAUGAAUUUACAAAGUUAAGGUAAAAUUCCUUCCUGCACCCACGAAAAACCAAAAAGUACCAAAGGCCUACGAAACUCCCAUCGCUCACACAACGCAUAUAUGCAUCAGCAUAUAGCAGCUAUAUAUAGUGCGGUCCGAUCGGAUCGCCUAUGCCCUAUACUCAGUACUCAUGCAGCCGUUUUCGUGUCUAUCAGUCAGUGAAGCUAGAGAAACCAAAGCCUAGGGAUAGUUAGUCGGUAAGGGGAGGGCUCGGACUCCCGCCAUAUCAAAUAUACACAUACAAAUAUGUAUCAGAUAUUAUAUACACGCAUAUAUAUCUAUAUACAAGCUAGUAUUAAGCGGUUGAGCUGACCGGAGGACCACUUUCGCCCGAGUGCCGCCGAUUUAAAGGCAGUGGCAUCCAUAUCGCAGACAUAUCACAAGUUGCACAAAUCGAAACCCUCCCACGCCCACUGAACCAGAGGAACUCUUUCGGGUAUCAUUGUGGCGGAUUCGGGUCGAAAGUGGGUUCCCGGCCAGCCUGGCUAUAUUGUUUCCGGUUUGAAAAAAAGUAUUCAGUUGAACGUUUGUUAACAUAAGACACAACCAAGGUAACGAUACAUAUCAGAGUCUCGAUGGCUCGCCUGUUAAAAUUACCAAAAGUGAUAUUACUUAUUGCUACUAGUCUAUACAUAUAUCGUAUCAUAUCGGUAACAUACACACCUACUUUUAGGCCGUACAUGAAGUGUACAUAAGUUAUACAACCAACGGAAACAGAAAUCAAUUUGAGAUUCAAAUUCAAGUUUCAUAUUUACCUACCAAUCAAUUAUUAUUUGCUUGUUGACUCUAUGAGCACACGGGUGUCUCCGAUCAGGAGUUCGCCGCCAUAGUAGAUCUUCGAUAGCAUAGCAUAAAUGUGUGUACCUUGUCUAUAAGAUAAAGAUAAACCUAAAGAUAUAAACGUAUAAACUAACGAUUAUUGUAUGCAUAAAGUACUGUAUUUUUUAUUCGUUUCGACUGCACCACUUUUAGGGCAGUUUACUGCCCCUAUAUUAUACACCUUUUAGCUGGAGCUUAGGAUCCACCAUAUCGAUAAGUAAAUUGAUCUUUUAUAUACAUAUGGAUGUCAGAAUAUUUAUGUACAUUUUUCAGACGUAUUUAGUCAGCAAUUAAAGUUAAUUACGAGUAUAUCACAGACUUUUUGUAUCCGUGAACAUAUCAGUAAAGCGGCUUUUGCGAACCCCGAUCAAAUUUGAAUAUCUUAUGAACUACAAAAGCAAUUAGUUUGAUCGCAGUCUGGAUAAAUAUUCGAGAUACAUUUACAGAAAUGCACUGAUUUUAAUAAAGUUCAAAUUAUGUUAUUAGGUUUAUAGAAUAACUUGUUUUAGUAUAUUCAUUUAAUUAAAACUAAGUUAUUUUCCCUAGCAAAUCAAAAAUGUUGUCUGUUUUUGUGAAUUGCUGUGUUAUAUUAAAUAUUCUUUUUUCUUAGAUUUUUAUAAGUUUUCCUUUUUUUAUUAUACUUAUACCUAAAAUAUAAACAUAGUUCUACAAAUUUACAAAACUGUAGAAAUACUCUUAACUAUAAUAUGAAUAAACUCAUGAAAAAAUCUCCCAUCAAAAGUAUCAAUUAAAACGAAGGACAGGAAGUGGUCAAGAAAAAUGUUAAAGCAAACUACAUAUUUAUAUAUGAAGAGCAAAGCAGAAGAAAACCAGAACAAUUAAUAUAGUCAAUAAAGUACAUAUAUAUCAUUAUGUAACAUAUUAUAAAUAGAAUGUUUAUUUAAGUAGCUAACAAUAGAAUUUUAAAUACAAGUAACCAAACGUAUAUAAAUAUAAUGCAACCCCCAAAGAGCAAUAUUUACUUAAGUUUCCUUUGAAACAAUCAUCUAAAAAACAACAACGCCAAGCCCUGAGGUCAUGUAAAGCAGAAAAUAUCAUAAAAAAUUCACUUUUUGAAAAUCAACUUUAAUCUAUUUCAUUGGCUAAAAGUGUUUAAUUUUUACAUGGCUUUCAGGCUGGAUGUAGAUAGAUGUCAAAUAAACAAUACACAAAAAAUUUCAGGCAUUCAAGAUUUCAAUAGAUUUGAACAGUUUUAACCAAAGUUUGGUUAAUACACAAAAAAUUUCAGGCAUUCAAGAUUUCAAUAGAUUUGAACAGUUUUAACCAAAGUUUGGUAGAGCGCAACAUGUAUAUGAAUCUUCCAAUUUUGGUUUACAAUUAAAUAUAUAUAUAUAUACAUACAGCUAAGUAAUAAAUAACCAUCACAUAAUGUAGUUAAAGGACGGGAUCGAAGGUCAAUAGAAAGUAGCCUGAAGGAAAUCUAGCAGUGCCGGCAAUGUGUAAUAACUUACUAAACAAAUAAGAGCAAAUGGAACGCAUAAACUAAAUGUGUUACAAGCAUAUAAAUACGAAAAUAUAAGAAGAGAUGUAUGAUAAAGUAUAUGAAUAUACAUUUAUAAAAUGAAUUAUAAAACACGAUAGCAGUUAAUUGAAUGGUUAUACUCUGCGUAUUACAAGUGUUGAAUGUUCAAUAGCAUUAUAUGAAUUAUGAAUUAAACGCAAUAACUGUGCGCUAUGGAUAAUUAAUGAACAAACUAAUUUUUAAUAUCAGAUAUUUACUAAAUGAUAUAGGGAUUUUACCUUGGCAACAAAAAACCAGUAGCACAGAAAAAUAAUUUGAUAUUUUUUCAUAUGAGAUGUGACUCUCCGACAGUUUCUAUGUGUUGUGCGUGUGAAGAACGUUUUAGAAAAUUUAAUUGUAUACCCUAGGCAAAAUAAAAUGAGUUUGUAAGUGAAGCCCGCAAAGUUAAUGCCACCACAGUUCAGUUUCGUAUUGUAUAUAAGGCAUGUUGUUACUUUCGAAUGUCUUUUUUGGUCAGAGUCAGAGUAAAAGUGGAAGCGUUUCAAGUACAUACUUAUAUAGUACAGAACUAAAUUAUUACGAAGGUCUUUGCAACUUGUUUCGGCUAAUGUUAUAGACGUUUGUGUUACAUAUCCAACAAUAAUUAUAACGAUAAACAAUGGAAAUUAUGAUAACAGAUAAGUAAGCAAAAGCAAAACCAGAAGCGAAUCUAAAAUUUUACCAAGUAUCCAAAAUCCCAGUUCUGUAACGUUGCUGUUCAAUUUCCAAGUCUAUCCAUCUAUAUUCUAAACAUAAUUAUGUUUGUAUCUGAAUAUCACACCGUUCAACUAUCCCCGAAAAAAAACUAAGCAAACUAAGUGCUAUGCAUAUCAAAAAGAAGCGAAUCGAUGUUCGAUGACUUAUCAUAGCUAGAGCAUAUUUUCAAGGCAUGCCAGAAAUCUCCUCUAUAAUCAAACGUAAACAGUAGGAAAAACAAGCAGGAACUGCCUCAAAAAACAAACAGCCCUCAAGUUCGGUUCGAUGUGUGUGAAUUUUCUAGAAAAUUCGAGCCAUAAGUCAGCAAAAUUAAGAGCUAAAACAAACACAACUUUUGCUGGCAUUGACAUUUGCUUCUGAUUUGGUCAUUUUCUGGAAUUAUUCAACAAGGGUAAAAUACAAAUAGAAAACUCGCACACCGGUCUAUGAAUCUAUAAACGUAUUUGAACUGCAUUGAACGAGAAUUCAAAAUGGCAGUUGCCUGCUUCUGGCUAUGGGAAAUGUUAUGAAUAAUGAAUUGAACGAGCAGAAAAUAUAACCGAGCGUACAUUAAAGCAUACAGAUAUUGGCAAGUGCUAUAGAGGAAAGAUAAUGCAUUAUUACAGAGCGACACAGCCAUACACACACCCAAACACACACAAAAACACCCAACAGAAACAAACAAAACACAGAACAAACAUGUACUAUUGAAAUAUAAUUGUUAACCAUGAAAA